UUUCACUUUUUCUCCAUUCACCUCUAUCGGCUCGGCUUCUUCACUUUUUUUUACCCACCGAGAGAGAGAGUUCAAAAUAUUAGAAUUUCUACGGAGGACUCAUCCAUGGCAUCUUCUUCACAGGCGAAUGUCCCAUAUCUUCGUCGCGACACUAUAGACCAGACGGAGGUUGCUAUCAGCACCUACUAUAGGGAUUCACAUUUUCCGGAGCUGGUUGAAACUUUAAAUGUGGUCGGCGAACAGUGCAAUUCAGAUUUAUUGGGAAGAUUUAGAGCAUCAUGUUUUGGGCAUUUCACUGAUUGGAGGCCCGGCCCGAAGAGCAAUAAAGCCUUACACCAGAUUGUAUCGAGGCAGAUUGUGUCAGAAGACGAUGAGAUGUGCUUCUUUCUGUGCGGAGCACGAGUCAGAUUUUCUCCAGCGGACUACGCAUUAGUGACUGGGCUCAAUUUCGGGGGAUCGAGGUUCGAUGCGACAUUACAGCACGACUGCAGUCGCGUGGAGGCAUACCGACGAUUCUGCGGUGGGCGAAGCAUGACCAUACAGUCGCUCAUCAAACGCGUGUGCGAUUUGGAUCGUCGAGUGGAUGAUGAGGAUGGGAGCCUGUACCUUCGUGCUGUCCUCGUGUGUGUGGCUCACACCCUUGUUCUUGGGUUGGAUGCGCGGGUACAGCCGUAGCUUUGGGUGUUGGUGGAUGAUCUGGCUGCAUUUGAUAGAUUCCCCUGGGGCGCGUAUUCGUAUAAGAUGUUAUGCCAUUAUACGACAGAGACAGGAAAGGGCGAGAAGUAUCACUUCUACGGUCCUUCGUGGGCUUUAUAUGUCUGGGCAUUGGAGCGCGUCCCGGGCCUCGGACACAUGGUCGCAGCAUCUAGCGGUGAUCCGACAGCGCACCCUCGAUUUUUGAGAUGGACUUUCAGGGGUA